GUACGCAGAGUCCAUCAAAGGAUCCGAAUAGGCUAACUUCCAAAGUUCCAUUUCAGUUAGGGUUCAAUGGUAGGGUUUAAGCGUUGAACCUUUUUGUUCAUCAAAUCUCAUGUUAUGGCCAUUUUGCCAAAGGAUUCUGUGCAAGAACACCAGCGAGCAGGUACAGAAUUUACUUAAUUUAUUGCCCGCAUGAUUUUGCCAUGUGUCUUGGAGAGGGUAAUUCUAAUGAACCAAUCUCAAAGAACACCGGUAGAGCAAAAAGCCACAUUUCUGAAAGUUGAGAAGCCUGAACUUCAAGCCUCUGGAAAACACAGGAAGUUCCCCUUUACGGAAGCCUGCCUGUAUUGAGAAGAAUGAAGCUAAAGCGAGACAAAUGAAGUGCGUAUGCUGUUCGAUGAAAUGCCUGAGUGAAGAAUGGUACCUUUGCGGAGUUUAAUUAGGAUAAGUGCAUCUGGUGAUGUUUAUCAACUUUUUUAAAUCAAAUUUCGCACAGUACACUGUACGUGACUCAUUUUCCAUAUAAGUUUAUCGGUGAGUUUGGUAUGGAACUGUAUUCCUUUGAAAAGUGAUAACGUUGGGUGUUUUAUUUUUAAGAACAAAUUUAAGGACUUAGGCGGAAUAAGUGGUAAACUUUGGACUACAGUUACCAUUUCCUCAAAGUAUGAUGCGUGGACAGUUGAUAGUAUUAAGUCAUAAGGUGCUAUCAAGAACUUCAGUUUUGACACAAAGAAAGUAUGCUGUAGUGACACAGUCAUUGAAUACUUGCAACCCUGUAAAUAAAGGAUUUAUUUUGUUUCGAGAAUUUAUAUACACUUCUACACAUACCAGAAGGACAUCAGAUCCUAAUGAUCCAGCUACCUUGAUGAAGGAGGAUGGGGUCUCAGCUUGUACUAAAAUGUGGAUUGAGAAUUUUCGGGAACCGGAGAGAAAUGUGUCCAAUUUGACUGAUUAUUUGAGGAGAUUUGAGCUGUGGGUGUUGGCAUACCAGAAGGUUUGUGCGGAUGACACUGGUGCAUAUAUGUCCCGAAGCUCAAUAACAAGGUCAGCUCUAGAGGAUUUGUUGGCAUUGAGGAAUGCAGUUCUGGAUAAUAGGUUCAAGUGGGGGGCUAGGCUGGAAUUUUUUAUUAAGUCUCCUAGAGAUAAGACUGAGUAUGACUCAUUGUCUAAGAGGAAGAUCAAGGCUAUCCUGACUACCACACAGCCAGCCCCUUUCCAGGAUAGAAUUGUUCAAGAGGUGUUGUUUCUUAUGUUGGAGCCAAUUUAUGAGGCCCGGUUUUCAGAGAAGUCUUUUGCAUUUAGACCAGGAAGGACUGCACAUACCGUUUUGAGGGUGAUACGAAGGAGCUUUGCAGGUUACCUGUGGUACAUAAAAGGGGACUUGAGUACAGUGUUGGAUGGAAUGAAGGUUGGGCUUGUGAUAAGUGCCUUGAUGAGGGAUGUUAGGGACAAGAAAGUGAUUGAUUUGAUUAAGGCAGCUUUAACUACUCCAGUGAUAACUAGUAGGCCUGAGGAUGGUGAGAAGAAGAAAAAGAAGAAGAGGAAGUACCAGAAGAAGAGAGUUCUGGCAGACGACGAACCAAAACCAGAUCCAUACUGGCUGGAAACCUUCUUUGGCUUCGCACCUGAAGAAGCUGAAAAACUUCCUUCAUGGGGUCACUGUGGUAUAUUGAGUCCACUUUUGGCUAACAUUUGUCUUGAUGAAUUAGACAGAUGGAUGGAAGGUAAGAUCAAGGAAUUUUAUCGACCUUCAAAGAGUGAUGUCAUUUGGAAUAGCCCUGAAGGGGAAGUUGAACAGGGAAAUACUUCAUGGCCAGAAUUUGUUCCUACAAGUGGGCCAGAUAAGACCAGGAAAAUGGACUAUAUUCGUUUUGGUGGUCACAUUCUGAUUGGAGUAAGGGGUCCUAGGGCAGAUGCAGCAACACUGAGAAAGCAGUUGAUUGAGUUCUGUGAUCAGAAGUAUAUGCUUAAGCUUGAUAACGAGAGCCUUCCUAUUGAACACAUAACUAAAGGUAUUAUGUUUCUUGAUCAUGUCUUGUGCCGUAGAGUUGUGUAUCCCACGCUCCGAUAUACUGCUACUGGUGGCAAAAUAAUUAGUGAAAAAGGUGUUGGGACACUGUUAUCUGUUACAGCUAGCCUGAAGCAGUGCAUUAAACAAUUUAGAAAACUGAGCUUCCUUAAGGGAGAUAGAGACCCAGACCCACAGCCAUGCUUUAGAAUGUUUCAUGCUACUCAAGCCCAUACAAAUGCCCAAAUGAAUAAGUUAUUGGCUACGAUGGUUGAGUGGUAUAGAUAUGCUGACAAUAGAAAGAAGGUUGUCAAUUUCUGUGCCUAUAUCAUAAGGGGUUCCCUUGCAAAGCUCUAUGCUGCAAAAUAUAAGCUUCGGUCACGAGCUAAAGUUUUCAAGAUUGGUUCUAGAGAUCUUCGCCGUCCCCUGAAGGAGAAAAAGGGACAGUCUCCAGAGUAUCAGCAGUUACUUAGAAUGGGGUUGGUGGAGUCAAUUGAUGGGCUAUUGUAUACCCGCAUGUCCCUUGUGCCAGAAACUGAUUACACCCCCUUUCCUGUUGGGUGGAGGCCUGAUCAUGAGAAGGCAUUGGUUGAAUAUAUAAAGCUUGAUGACUCAAGAACAUUGGAGGAGCAGCGCCACUGCUUCAAAGAACAAGGCCUCAUUUCACCUCAGGACUACAUUUCAAUGCUUGUCUGGAACUACAAAAGAAAUGCUUUAGCAGUGGAUUUGCCCUCAACUAUAAAUGAUAGGAACAUGACAGAAGGGAAACAUUUGCAAUUGGACACAGGUAAUGAGGAUGACAGUCAAAAUGAUGGGAGUGAUGAAGAUAAUGAGAAAGAUUUUCAUGCUGCACAAAUGACUCUCUUAUCAAGUGCAGUUCCACCAAUGGGGCAAGGCUAAUCUGAACUUGUACCUGAGUUAGCUGAAAAUGAUUGAAAUUUUCCCGUCAACACCUCAAUGGGGACUCGUCUGGCGACUCUGUGAAUCUGUCUUCCCAUGCUGUGUCUGUCAUCGCGACACUCAGGUAUAUAUUUGUUGCAUUAGAAUCUCCAGAUUACAACUUCCCGGUGGAGUCUACAAUCGUUCGAAUGGCACCUGUAUGAAGUUCCAAGCAGUCCAUCAAAAGGGGCACUUGGUAUACUGUUGAAAGUUUUGAGUUCAGAGCUAGCUUUACUGCUAUGAUCGCUCUACUGUUGAGGUUAUAUUAUGGACUGCUCGAAGGAAGUAGCUAAAGACAGCCGACUUUUGGGUGCAUAUGUGCAAUUCGAGUUGAUCAAAGUGGCCGAUGGUCGAGCAAUGGGGGUUGGUGUUUGCGGGAGGAACUGAAAAGGAAGGCGCAGCGGGGAAGAGUAGUAGUCUUCCAUUUUGGUGGGUAGUGAAGUUGGCUUCUAUGUACUUGGUGGUGGGUAGAGAAUGGACAUACGAGAGGAAGUUUCCUAGAUGCAUGCUUAUUAUAACAUUAAGAUAAAAGUUUGGGAAAAUUGCAUUUUUUAUUGUCAUAAUUGACAUGGUAAA